UCAUAAAAACAAAACCCAGUUUAGAUGUGAGCAUGAUCUACUUAAGUGAGUGCGUGGCCACUAUUGCCUAAACAAGUCGACAUGGCACGUGAAAAACCAAGUCUCUUUUUCAAGAUCCAAUUCUAUGUUACACAAGCAAGAAAUAAAAAGAAAUACACAACCCGUAACACGAGGAUAAUAUAAUAUAGAAAAACGUACAACUGGACCCAGCUUUGAUGGCAAUAUUAACAAUUUCUCAUUACUAAGUAUAGGUUUUUUUUAAUAAAUAAAAAAAAACAAAAAAAAAACUAAAUAUAGGGUUUUAGACAUCGUAUCUUUAGUCUAACCAUACUGAAAUUCGUUCCUAACCAACCAUUGCACUAAACUAUGCAAGAAAUGUAACUAGGAGGGUCAGAGACCAGACAAACCCAACACUAAACCGAGAGUAUUGUCUUUAUUCUCUAAUUAAACUCAGCUUGUUUAUUUACUUAAAAACAAAUCAGUUCAUUAUAAACCAAAGUACACUGUAUUGAACUGGAGACUGGCCUAUAAAAAUACAGUUGCCAUUUUGUCCACUAAAUCUAUACAUAUAUACACAUUCACACAUGCACUUUCCUUACUUCUUCAUUAUUCUCUCAAGCAUUUCACUCCUCUCUCUCUCUCUCUCACACACAAUGGAGAAAACUCUAGCAACUUCCGACAACACUAGAUCUAUUUCAGUGUUGCCCUCAGCCGCCGUAAAAUCACGCGCCGCUGGUUUCGAGCGCAGAACCAAGCGGAGAUUGUCGCAGACUAAGGCAAGCGUGUGUGUGUCCGGUGAAGAAGAAGAUGACGAAGAAGAGGUGAAGGAGAAGAUUGAGGCAUUACAGAGGAUUAUUCCUGGAGGAACGGCGCUUGGUGUGGACGCGCUCUUCGAAGAGACAGCUGGUUACAUAAUGUCUCUACAAUGUCAGAUCAAAACCAUUAAAGUCCUCACUUCAUUUAUCCAACGCUUAGAUAAACAAGAUAUGAAGUUCGGAGGUUGAAAGAUGAUGAUGGAUGACACCAAGAUUGUCCUUCGUUUCUUUAGAUUUUUAUUUUAAAAUUCAGUCAGUUUUUAUUUUAUUUUUAACUCUUCCUUACUCUUCCUUUUAAAUAUGGCUUUUUACCUUUGAUAAAUGGGGGAAAGAGAUCUCAGCAUUUUUUUCUUCGGAAUCUUUUUCUUUAGCAAGACUUAAAAUCUUUUAAUUUUAAAGUUGUGUUUUUUUUAUGAGAAGUGUUGAAUGCAAUAUAUUACAUGGUACUA